AUGCUUAAAUACAUCUGGCAUGUGGCAGUCGUAACAAUAAUUUUCUGUUGGCUUCAGACACCGGUUGUGGCACGUAGUGCUUCCAGCUCAUCUUCACACACAACACAACAUGCAAACAGCAUUGCUGACGACCCGGAGGGUCAAUCGCAGGCAGCAACAUCGACGAGCGGUACAUCAAAUACAGCAAAUGUCUGGAAGGAUCUUUCAAUGGUUUAUCGGCUGUAUCAGCAAUGUGCGGCUGAAAAUCUAUCCGUCUGCCUCAAAGUUAAACUGCUAACCGGUCUGGAGAAAGUUCAACGUUCAGCUAAGAAAUUGAAAAUAAUGGAAGGUAUACAAUUUGUAAAGGCCGACGAUUCAGAGGAGCCGACUAAACCGAUACUCACUGAAGCUGAACUGGAGGCAAAUUUACCAAGAGCUUUGGAUGCCAAGGAGCAGGUUUUAACGAAUUUGAUUGUUAAAAAUAUUGCCGGUUUUCUGCAGCGCCAUACGUUACAGAUAAGAUUCCCCGAUGUCCGACCUGACGACUCCAUUUUGGGCAACACUGUCGAAAGUCGUAAGAAAAAGGAUAAAAAGGGUGGCGGCGCCUACAUAAUGAUUCCAUUGCUAUUGGGUGGCACAUUCGUCCCCAUUGCCUAUGGUGCCUUGGCUAUGCUUGCUGGUAAAGCUUUAAUUGUUUCAAAAUUAGCUUUAGUUUUGGCUUCGAUUAUUGGCAUCAAGAAAUUGCUUAGCGGUGGUGGCAAAGAAUCCUCACAUGAAGUCGUAGUUUCAUCCGGUGGUCACUCCGGAUGGGGCCGUGACUUCGAUUUAGCCUACAGUGCUUGGAAACCAUAUAAGGAUUCGAAAAAGACAGUAUAA